AUCAGUCUUAGAAGCCACGUCUCUGCAAGUGCAAGUUCUCUCGGGUCAGGUGGUCUGUGAUACCUUCUCUUCACCUCUCUUGUUCAUUUUUCCUUCUCGUUCCUGAAUAUAUUUGUUUAAGUUAGUAGAUAUUUCCUAAAUUUACUUGCGAAGCGACAAUGUCGUUUGAUGAUGAGGAGUCGUAUGAGCACACGCUUCUCGUUGUCCGCGAAGUCUCCGUGUACAAAAUCCCCCCACGCAGUACCUCUGGUGGCUACAAAUGCGGCGAGUGGUUACAGUCCGACAAGAUCUGGUCUGGUAGGCUUCGAGUCGUCUCCUGCAAAGACCGCUGUGAGAUCCGCUUAGAGGAUCCCAACUCCGGCGAGCUCUUUGCUGCGUGUUUCGUCCACCCUGGGCAGCGCGAGACGUCCGUGGAGACCGUCCUUGACUCCUCUCGGUAUUUCGUGCUUAAGAUCGAGGACGGAACGGGGAAACACGCAUUCAUCGGGUUAGGUUUUAACGAGAGGAACGAAGCGUUUGAUUUCAACGUGGCGUUAUCGGAUCACGAUAAAUACGUGAGACGAGAAAUCGAGAAAGAGACUGGCGAGACGAGUGAGAACGAUAGCCAUAUCGAUAUUCAUCCCGCUGUUAAUCAUAGAUUGAAGGAAGGUGAGACUAUCAGAAUUAAUGUGAAGCCCAAACCAACUAGUGGAACUGGUAUGCUUUCAGCUGCUGGGUUAUCAGGAUCAAAGCCUAAAAUUGUAGGGCUUGCCCCGCCACCUGAGACAGGAAAAAUUAGGUCUCCUCUCCCUCCACCUCCUAAUGAUCCUGCUGCUGCUAGGAUGAACUCUGCUAGUCGAAAAGUUGGUGUCAUGGCACCAAAGGAAACCGCAAUACAUUCUACUGCAGAUGCUUUGUCAGAUUUUUCUCAAAUUGAGCUUUGUUGCUUGUUUAUUUGUGCAGAGGAAUCUUCCUUCGACUACCACAUCCGGAUCUACCAAGACUCCUACUGCAUCAGGGUGGGCAGCUUUCUGAUUGUGUGAGCGUUUGUUUUGUAUGAGGUCUUUGUUUUAUGUUUUCUCGGGGAAAACAAAUAGAAGGAAAUUUGAGGAAAAAAUAUGGAAGAAUACCAAAUACUUGCACAUUUGAUGAUGUUAUAUUGAUACAUGUCUUGUCUCCAUUCGGGACUCAUUAUGUUUCAUUCAAUGUGAUAGAGAAAUUAUUUAAUUUUCUUUUUCCUUCUCGUUCGGCUGUUGUGCCUUUUUGUGAGUUGGACAUUCCUGCUCGAAUAAUGUUUGCCAUAUGGCUUGUAUCUUACUUAGCACAUAAAAUGAAGAAUUAUAGAGUUUGUUAGGCCUUUUUCUGGUAA